AUGACAGGUCUCGUGGGUGUUCCGCAAAGCUUCGUCGACGAAUUAACUGAGCGAUUACAAGACUAUGGCAUCGUGCCCGAAGCGCCGGACAGUAAUGCUUCUCAGGCAAUUGAAACACGCCGCUUAUCUGAUGCUAUAGACUUCGGCUAUUUUGGAGUGUCCGACCCGGUCCAGUGCCUGCCACUCGGCUCAACUGUGGCAUGGCACAUUCGCCCGAGUCCCAAUCCCAUUUAUCCAGUGUACCUUCGAAAUAACUUACUCAAUACAAACAAGCAAUUCGACUACGGGGCCUUCAGGGACCUUGAUACUGACAUGAAAGGAGGAGAACAGAGAGUUCUUUUCAUAUUCACGUUCAAGGAGCCAGGGCUUUACGUAUUUGGUCUUAAUACUGACCCGAACAAAAUCAUGGUCUUGCGUGUCAUGGAGGCUAGGCGCCUCUGCAGGGAUUCUGCGCUGCUACCCCAAUUGAGGACUGCUGAGACUUUAGCUGCAGUCACAGCACGGCUCCCGAGCACCGUUGAAACAGCUGCGUGGACGCUGUUUGUGAUAGUUGUUGUGGGAAUCAUUGUGGUGGCUGUACUUGUAUUUCUUGCUGCCUGGACAUUUAAACACCAGAAGCUGGAGAGCCUCGAAGCAGAUCCAAAAUCAAAAUACAAUCAGCCGCCACCCAAACAUACUUCAGAGAAGGAUGAGCGUGCAGAAGUUGAAGAACUUGUACUUCAAACCCAGGCAAAGGUUCCCUUGGAGGAGGAUCCUGGAGUUUUGAGAGCAAGACGUGCUUUAGCGAAAAAGCUGGAAACACAAGACCCCAGGUUAUUUGUUGCCGUUCUAAAUUUGACGAAGCAAAUUAAACAAGACGCCGAGGAACGUUGCACGCGCAUAGUGGCUGAACGCAGUGAAGGCCUGUCACAGCUUUUAGACCUGACGCGAAAGUUAAGGCAAGAGCUCGCAGACCAACUACAUGAUGCAGCCGCCUCAGAAAUUUGGGGCAAAGAAAAUGACGAGGAACGUGAAGAGAUUCUUUCUACAUUGCUUAGCCUUUUAAGACUGAGAAGGAGAGACCUUGUCAACAAGCUUGCGCUUGCGGAAAAGGAGCAUGAGGAGGUUCGUUUUGAGACGUACAGAAGUGACUUCGACAAACUCGAAGCAGCCCUAAAGGAGAAAGAAGAGCAGCUCCUUCUCUUGCGGUCACGGACUGACUCCUUAAUUUCGAGUACGAUUCUUCCAGCCGUUGGUGAAAAGGGACAGGUGCAAAUGUCAUCAAUUAAGCUUUCAGUGGAAGCGCAAAUCGAAGGUCUUCUUGAAGAAUUCAGGAAGGCUCGAGCCGAUGCAGACGACGACAUGCCUUCAAUAAUAGAGCUCUACAAGGCUAGGAUGAAAACAAUUCUCGAGGAAGCACAAGGUGAAACAAAACUCGCAUUCAAGAACAUGCUUUCUGCAGACAUCGAGGAACGAGUAAGAAAUGGAGUAACCCUCCUCAGCUCCCAUGUACAGCUGCUCGAGGUCAUGGCAUCUGGUAGUAGUGUGGCAUCUUAUGUAGUUGCUUUUCUUUGCUCGCAGCUUAUGACAGGCAGUCUACAGCUAGACCUAAACGAAGCAAAGAACAAUUUAAGAGGAUGUGAAGAUGACGCUGACGAGCGAAAGGCUCUUGGGGCAUACCGCAUUCUCGCAGGAGCUGCAUGGAAACUGACAAUUUUCACUACUGUCAUAGAGCAGGAAAUCGCAGCGGCGACCCAAGCCGUCAAUAAAGCUGUCUCUGAAGCUAAGGAAGCGGUGGAAGUAAACAAGACAAGCCCUGCAGAAGCAGCAGAUUCGUUGAAAGCUGCAGUGGUAUCAUGCCUCAAGGUCUCGAACGAAGUGAACCACCUUCGAGAUGAAGAAUUGGAGUCAACAGCAUCUACACUUAGUCGAAUCAUAGCUACAAGGACAGAGUGCUUUCACAAGAGGCAGUCUGCGUUCAAGUCUCGCAAGCUCCUGAUGCUUCAGUGGCAACAAGAGUUUGCGGCACAGUAUGUAUCGAUGCAGGCGCAGGCUGCGGUUGCCUUGCUCCGCCGGGGACUUCGCAUCCUCUCAGACCAGCUGAAAACAUUUAUCAAAGAAAACAAGAAGGACGUCAGCGAAUUGGCGGCUCUGCAGGAAGGGCUUAGGACGCAGCAAAGUGCAGCGCUGACUAAAUUACGACAGCAGUUGCUCGCCUGCCUGCGAAACCAGAGGAAGGCGGCGGCAGAUGAGCUCUGGGAUCUGGAGCAGCGUGAACGAAACAGGAUAAGCGAGGACCUUGAAGAGCAAACGACGCAACUUCAGGAGGCCUGCGCUAAAUUAGAAGAAGCAAUCACGAAAGAAGAAGCAGCUCGAGACGAGUACGACAAAGCCAUACUAAAUAUGAGACAACAGAAUCAGAGAGGGAUGAUGCAGCUGGAUGCCAUUCAAUCUCUAUCUGAUUUCAAGCAAAAGCUAUUAAGCAAGAUUAAUGCAUCAUUUUUGUCACAGGCCGAAGAGGCGAGGAACAAAGGCAUCGACGACCCCAGCGUAGAUGAGAGGCUUCUGCAAGAAUGGAAAAACGCAACUGCUGAGUUGGAGCCAUUCAUCAACCGUGAGAAGGAGAUGUUCAGGCGCUACGCUGAUUCGGCUAGCAAGACACAAAAGGAGAAUGCCCUCAAAGCAUUCGAGGAGUCCAGAGAAAGCCGGCGGAGUCAGGCGGCCCUCACAAGAUCGUUGGAGCAAGCUGAAGAGGAGGGAGAUGAAGAGCUCCGGCGCAAACGCUACGCAUUGGGAACGCGCGAAGUUCAGCGGAUUGUCUGGCAUAUUUGUGCACUUCUGUCUUCCGGGAAGCGUGGCUCAUCGGAAAUUGAAGGGCUGCACCUCAUCGUCCCGGAGGAUAAAAUUGAGGAAACAGUCAACGAGCUGCAGCAGCAGUUGCGCCGUCGUCGCCAGAGGCACCUGGAGUACUGCUUGGCACAACGCAGCAUCAUGGAAGGAAGUUCAAAAACCGAGCUCGCCAUUCUUCAGACCGAAUCACUUUUGGGGCUAUCGGACCUCACAGAUACCGCUGAAGGAAUCAGCAGGGGUUCCGCAAUGGUGAACGCAGCCGACGCGUCAGGCGAAAUUUUGGAAGUCAUAAAGGAGGCCCAGAAGAAGCUCGAUGAGGCCCUGGUUGAAAUUCAGAAAGAGCAAGAGGAGGCAGAAGAACGUGAGAGAGUCGAGCAAGAGGAGGCAAUAUCCCGACGCAAAAUGGCCCACGAGCUAGCAAAACAAAAGCUCAAUGAGGAACACGCAGCGAAACUGGCUGAAGCUCCUGAGGACAUAAGAGAGCAGCUAAUCAAAGAGCAUGAAGCUGCGCUUAGCCAAAUGGAAGCUGCACUCCAGUCAGAUUUAGAAGCACAGGAAAAGGAAACCCAGCGCAGGCUUGAGGAACGUCGUCAGCGUUUGCAGAAAAAGCGGCAACAAGCGGAAGAAGAAAAGCAAAAAGCCAUCGACGCAGCCAAGGCCGAGCUUGAGGCUAAAAUAGCGGUUGAAGCAAAACAGAAAGAAGAUGCAGCAGAGUUGGAAGAACUGCAACGUUUAAUCAACGAGAGCACCAACGCCGCUGCUGUUGCCGAGCAACCCUUUCAGAAACACUGCAGAGCUGGAAGAAGGUCGAAUUGCUCAACUUGGUCAGAAGUUUCAAAAGAAGAGCUUUGGGUGUUGUUGCAGCUACUAGCUCGGAAGCAUAACAAAGAGUCUUCUGCACUCCUUCAAGAGCUCUCUCUGAAGAAGGCAGAAGCAAUUAGUGCACUGACUGAAAACUUUUGGAAGGAAAAGGGCGGGAGAACAGUUGAUGGGCGGCCUGAUGAUGUGCAAGAACUUUACAAGAUGGAUGAUCGCAUAACGCUUCAGCUGCAGGAACUGCAGCAUCGACAGGUUACAGAAUUGGAUGAGUCGAUGAAACAAAUGGAACGCAGAGCAAAGCUGCAGAGGGAAAAUGAGGCGGUCGGUUGGAGCACUAACGAGAGAAAACAAAUUCACGAUUUGGAAUUGCCAAGUUGA